AAAAACCCUCCACCCUUCAGUCUAGGAGGACAAGAGAAAGAAAGUGUAGCAACUACGGGAUAUGGCUUUGGGAGUUCCUAUAUCAGUCUGUCUUUUAUUCAAAGCAAUGACCACAUUGGCUGAAGAGGUGGCUGUGACCUUAAUGCCUACACACACAACCCAGCAAACUAACUGGACAGUUAACAAAACUGAAGCUGACUACAUAGAAGGACCCAUAGCCUUGAAGUUCUCACACCCUUGUCUGGAAGAUCAUAAUAGUUACUGCAUCAAUGGUGUAUGUGCAUUCAACCAUGAGCUAAAGAAAGCCAUCUGCAGAUGUUUUACUGGUUAUACUGGAGAAAGGUGUGAGCACUUGACCUUAACUUCAUAUGCUGUGGAUUCUUACGAAAAAUACAUUGCAAUUGGGAUUGGCGUUGGAUUACUAUUAAGUGGUUUUCUUGCUAUGUUUUACUGCUACAUAAGAAAGAGGUGUCUGAAAUUGAAAUCACCUUACAACAUCUGUUCUGGAGGGAGACCACUGUGAGGCUUUAUGUGGCAUUUUCAUCGAAUCAUUUGGAAAAAUCAGUGGGACCCAAAUU